AUGAUCUCGGCCAAAGAGGACGUACAUAAGAUGUCAAAGUUUUCUGUGCUCAAUGUUGUUAAGAAGGGACAAUUGUUUGAGAACAAAACUUUGCUGAAGGCGACUUUUGAGAUAUGUGCAAUGAAGCAUAACUUUCACUAUGAGGUUAUCAAAACGGAUAGACAACUUUGGUACGUUAGAUGUGAGGAUAAUGCAUGCAAUUGGUGUGUUCGAGCAGAGUGUUUGCAGGAUUCUGAAUAUUUCAUUAUCAAAAAGUAUGUCGGUGAACAUACAUGUGCACCUUCAAACAAAACCAAACCGGGUAGGACUGCUUCGGCCAAAACUAUAGGCAGUCUGAUUAUGCAUAGGUAUGAAGGGGUUAAGGAAGGGCCGAAAUGCAAUGAUAUAAUACAGAUUAUGCUUAUGGAUCAUGGCUGUGAGAUCACGAAAUCUUUAGCAUGGGAUGCUCGUGAAUAUGCGGUUAAUGCUGUUAGAGGUAUACCAGAGAGAAGUUAUGGAAAAAUACCGAAAUACUUGCACAUGCUCAGAGAGGCUAAUCCGGGAACACAUUCAUCGUAUGAGAUUGACAGCAAAGGGAGAUUUCGGUACCUGUUUAUUGCAUUUGGGCAAUCGCUACGAGGAUUUAACAGAGUCAUAAGGAGGGUUAUUGUGGUUGAUGGCACUUUUCUGAAGAACAAAUACAAAGGAGUUCUAUUGGUUGCAACUGCUGUAGACGGAAAUUCUAAUUUGUAUCCUCUUGCAUUCGGAGUAGUCGACUCAGAGAAUGAAAAUUCUUGGGAAUGGUUUAUGAGACAACUAAAUAGUGUCAUUGCUGAUGAUCAUCAUUUGGCUUUCAUUUCGGAUAGACAUGCGGCCAUUGCUAAGGCGCUUGAGACUGUGUAUCCAACAGCUAAACAUGGUAUUUGCAUUCAUCAUUUGUUGAAUAAUGUGGUAACAUAUUACCAUGGGAAAGGACUUGUUGGGUUGGUUGCAAAGGCGUCCAAGGUUUAUAGAGUUGCUGAGUUUGAAAAGAUAUUUGCUAAUGUGUGUAAUAUCAGUCCGGCAAUUGGAAAAUACCUAAGGGAUGCUGAAGUCCAAAAGUGGGCAAGAUGUCAAUUCUCUGGAUAUAGAUAUGACAUAAGGACAACAAACCCUGCCGAAUCCAUCAACUCUGCUUUGCGUUCGCCGAGAGAGUAUCCAAUCAUUCCCUUGUUGGACAGUAUCAGAGAAAUGCUGACUCGGUGGUUUUAUAACCGUAAGAAAAAGAUUUCAAAGCAUAAUCAUCCUCUUACCGAAGAUGUGGAGAAAAAGAUUGAAAGGAGAACCGAGAAAGGCAAAAGAUUUGCAGUUUACCCUGUCAGCGAUGGUCGCUUGCUUGUUAGAGGUGAUAAAAUCGACUGCUUAGUUGAUUUGGAUAGACGUACUUGCUCAUGUGGGAAGUACAACCUGAUGAAGAUACCUUGUCGGCACGCAAUUAAAGCUGGGUUUCAUGUUGGCAGACAGCCACACACAUUAACUGAUUUAUUUUACACUACAGAAGCUUGGCGAGAAGCUUAUCAUGAAAGCAUCAAUCCUAUUGCUGUUCCUGAGGAUGCUUGGUCCAUGCCAGAAGAUGUUGUCGUGGACAAUGUGCUACCACCAGAGUCAAGAAAAUCAGUUGGAAGGAAUAGAAAACGGAGAUAUGAAACUGUUGAAGAUAAACUUCGGUCAUCGCAAACAUCACAAAAGAGGCAGCCUCGCAAGUGUAGUAGAUGUGGUAUUAGUGGGCACAACAGAGCAACUUGUAAAAUACCAAUAUAG